AUGGCGUCGAGUGAUUCACCCCGAUCUGAUGUCUCGUCAUUAGACCCGUCUCACCUCACUCCGUCCCCAACUACCGCCCCACCCCCAUCCGCGACCGUCGGCGCUGCAUUACUCCGCCAUUAUGCCCUCCAUAUAGAGCCGUCCCAGACACAGACUCAUCACUCUCCUGGAGACCCUGGCAGCGGUGCGCUGCCUUCACGCAAGAUCGAUUCUACACAAGAGGAGGCCGGUAGGUCGCUGCCCUCCUCGACUUUGCGCCGGUUCCGCCAGAAAUCAAUCUCCAGUCAUCGCCCGCAGCAGAAGAAGGCUCUCUCUACCGAUUGUAUCCCGCGCCAGACCAUCAUGAAGGCUCUUGCUUCACGAACGUCCUUCCCCGGUCCCAAUACCCAGAACUCCGCGUCGGUAAAUUCCUGGUCUGGGUUGGUCGCUAGCAAUAACGCCCAGGGCUCCCCUUCCGAGGAUAAAGAGCGUCGGAGUAGCAGCGCGUCAUCCCAAGGGUUAUCGGCUGCCUUAUCCAACUUGCAACUCAGCAGCUAUGUUGAACGAUCGCCCGCGACUGCUCGGUUGGUGCUGCAGUCGCCCUGUUACUUUCAUCAGCGCUUCGACGACGCUGUCAAUAUUAAGAAGGUCCUCGAGGAGAUCGCCGAUGAUGAGUGGCUAUCACAUUCACGAUUAGUACAGACAGCAACGGGGGUUCGAGAGGUAUCCAAACAAUUACAACGACGGCCGAUCAAGCGCGCGGUCCGCAACAUCAUGAUCGUGACCAAGGCACGGGACAACAGUCUCGUACAUUUGACGCGCGAACUCGCCGAGUGGCUUCUGUCCACCCCGCGUUACGGAAGCGAUCUGGGAGUCAACGUGUAUGUUGAUGCAAAGUUAAGGAACUCCAAGCGGUUUGAUGUCCCGGGCCUUCUGCAGAAGGAACCACGGUUUGCUCAGAUGUUGCAAUUCUGGACCCCAGAUCUGUGUUGGACGUCACCGGAUAAAUUCGAUUUGGUUUUGACUCUGGGGGGCGAUGGCACAGUCUUGUUUACCUCAUGGCUCUUCCAACGGGUUGUUCCACCCGUGCUCUCUUUCUCCCUGGGGAGUCUGGGAUUCCUCACCAACUUCGAGUUCGCGGAAUACACAUCCCAUCUUAAUGGUAUCAUGGGCGAUGCAGGCAUGCGUGUCAAUCUGCGGAUGCGAUUCACCUGCACCGUAUUCCGGAAAGAUCGCAGCAAGGGCGCCGAGGCGGACGCUGUCGAGGAGGGAGAGCAGUUUGAAGUACUCAACGAAGUGGUUAUUGACCGAGGGCCAUCUCCCUACGUGUCGAACUUGGAAUUAUAUGCCGAUAACGAGUUAUUGACUGUCGUCCAAGCGGAUGGCUGUAUAUUCUCCACUCCAACUGGCUCAACUGCUUAUUCUUUGUCCGCUGGCGGCUCCCUCAUGCACCCCUCUAUUCCCGGAAUUCUCCUCACACCAAUUUGCCCUCACACCCUCUCCUUCCGCCCCAUGGUUCUCUCAGACUCCCACCUCCUCCGCGUCGCAGUCCCCAAUACAUCUCGCUCCACAGCCUACUGUUCCUUCGACGGCAAAGGCCGUGUCGAGCUCCGACAAGGAGACUACGUCACCGUCGAAGCAAGUCAAUAUCCCUUCCCCACAGUCGUCUCCGACAGCGGCGAAUGGUUCACAAGUGUCCAGCGCGCUCUACGCUGGAACACCCGUGGAGCCGUCCAAAAAAGCUGGGACGGAGACCUCAACGACGAAGACGAACAAUGGGAUAUCGACACGGACACAGGACUAGCCGGUACCGAUAGCGGCAUCGGUCCUAGCGAAGAUGGCGAUUCUUUCUCUCCGAAUCCCAUGCGGCGACAGAUGAGCAUGCUCAAUAUGUGA